AUGGCUCUCGUGUCCCUACCCAGUCGCUCGCUGCCCGGCACCCUCGCAGCAGAAGGCGGAGAGACGCCGCCUGCUCCAGUCAGCACGACCGCGACUGCCAGCACCAAGGGCGCCGACAUGGCCGGAGGAAUCGGAACAUUCUCAAGGACAAUCCUCCUCCCGCUCCUCCUCGCAUUGGCGCUGUACCUCGUCCUCUUCCACGCCCUGAUUCCGCUCUACCGCCGGCAUCGCGCCCGCUACGCCCAAUACCUGCCCCUACAGACCGCUUCAUCGCUAUCCUCGCACCUACCGAGCUCAUUACAACCCUCCUCUCUACGCGACAAGCUCUCGACACUCUUCCUCCGCCUCUUCUUGCCCUCGACAUGGGCCUUUCGCGAUCGUUUCUUCCCCGGUCGAGGACGCGCGAAUAGUAUCGUGAGCGCCGACGACGGGGCUCUCUUUGACGAGGAGUCCGGCGAAGCGAUGGUGGGCUUCGACGUGCAGGAGCGCAAUCAAAGGCGGAACGGAUUGGAGAGGCAGGUCUCCAAUAUGCAUGCCGCAACGAGGACUGUCAGUGGGCAAAGGAACGAGCCUGUUGCAGUGGACUCAAACCGUCGGCUCAGCCGAGAUUUGGAGGAAGGAUUCCGCGACGACAGUGAUGACGAGAGCGAAGAAGGCCAAGUCGUCGUAGGAAGACGAAGUACUAGUACGAGGACAUGA